CAGGAGGUCGAUGAGCUCAGAGCAGUGCAGUUUGGGCUCGAUUCUUCCGCCGAACUACCGUCACCGUGCGGAGGCCUUCGCCCGGGACCUCCAGCAGCGGCUGUGGAGCCUCGGAGGCGGCCGGUCCUCCAGCGACGACCGCCUCACCAAGCGCGCCCACAACCUUGCCCUAGACGCCGCCCACUCGGCCGCCGGGCAGCCCUUCGAGCCAUGUCCCCCGUACGCCGCUUUCGAGGAGGACUCCUCCCCCCGCAGCCCCACCCUAGAGCCGGGCACCGACCCCCUCGCUCAGCUGGUCAACCGCUCCGAUGGCCUCCCCAUCCCCCAGAGCGCCGAGGAGGGCUCUCCUCGAUGCAGCUUUUCCGCAGACUCCCAACAGAGCAUCUACUCCACGCCCUCAGACAACUUCAGUCUACCAGCAUCCAGCAUUCCCUAUCGAGAUAACCCCAGCCCCGAACCACCCGUUCAACACACCCCGGUCGAUACCUGCGACCUAUUUCGGGAUCUCUACAAUUCCCUCGAUCACACGAACCAAGAAAGAAGCGCCAAAGAUCCUUCACACCAGACGGAGCUCCCCACUCAAGCCAUCCACCUACAAGCUUCGCUAACAAAUGGAGUCGUCGAUCGUGAAAGCGACAGUGUGAACAGUCUAGCUAAUAGUUUUAAUAAAAUUAGUUUAAACGGGGGUAUCUCGGACGAGUGCCAUUGUGAGAAUAGUGCGAUAAGUAGGUUUGAAAUUUUAGAAAAUAGCGAUCGUAACGCCAACGAUUUGGUGAAGAAUCGAAACGAGCCCGGGAAACCGAGACUCGACAGCGGGAGCAGCGUCGACACGAUAAGCAAUGAUAGUUUGAACGUGUGUGAAAGUGAGAUGCCGCUCAGCCCCGACAGCCUGAACAGCCUGGACAGUUUGAGCACGCUGCACAGCCCGGACAGCCUGAACAGCCUGAACAGCUUCGACGCCUUGAAGGAAACCGAGCGGACGGUUAGCGAAGAGAAUGGCUGUAAGUGUGAGGUGGAAGAGGAGUCGAAAGAGGAAAGACUGAGCGCUCCCAGCGAGUGCGAGCGAACGAAGCUGCGCCGCAGCUCGUCGCUGAAGACGUGGAAGACGCCGCCGGACACACCCGGACACAAGAAGAUCGUCCGCUUCGCCGACGUGCUCGGCCUGGACCUGGCCGACGUCCGCACCUUCAUGGACGAGAUCCCGCAGAUCCCGCGCUCGGCCUACUCCGACCUGAGCGGCAUCGACGCGGACCUCUUCACGAGCACGACGUCGCCGAGCGUGGAGAGCACGUCGGUGCCGACGCCCAAGUACCUAGUUCCUCUCUUCCAGCAGCCGGGCGGGAUGUUGGACUUCUUCGACAAGCUGAGCCUCCGCAACGUCUGCCUGGAGAACGCCGUCGUGACCGACCCGGCCCUCCUGGCCGUCGCCGGCACCAUCCGCGUCCGCAACGUCGACUUCGACAAGAGCGUCUUCGUCCGCUACUCCCUCGACGGGUGGCGCUCCUUCGCCGAUCUCAAGGCCAUGUACGUCGUCAACUCCUGCGACGGCUACUCGGAUCAGUUCUCCUUCGUCCUCUACGCGCACACCCUCGAGAUCGGCGAUCGCCUCGAGUUCGCCGUCCUCUUCCAGACGAAGGGCGACCAGUACUGGGACAACAACGGCGGCAUCAACUACAUCUUCCAGUGCGUCCCGCCGCCGCCCGCCGUGGCUGCUACCAUGGCCAACAUCGGCACCCCGAACAUGGGUGAGAAAUAUGGCGGUUUCUAUUGAGCCACCUCAAAGUAGAAUGUUGUAGUAACACCUUGGUUGUUUGAAAAAUGUGCCAAGAAUCUCAAAAAGUUAACUUGACAACUUAAGGACAUUGAGUUUGACGUAUAUAUGCUAGAGACAAUCAUGUAUAAAUUAAUCAAACUUUAUAAAACUCGAUGGCUAAAGUGUGACACCACGUGUCUCCAUUGCGGUGUUUCAAUGUCUUCGCUCCGAGUUUAUUUUUUCAAAGGGAACAAGUCAACUUUAUCUCUUAAAAUGUAUUCAGAAUUUUAUACCAACCUAAAAGAAAACUCGAGAAAGUUUCUAAGAUAAUACGUUAACUACUUUCCCUGGGAAAAAAUAAAGUACGACCGGAAGUCAUCAACGUCGCAAGCAGAGGCUCGUGGUUUCAUACUUGAGCCAUCAAUAUGGAGCGCAAAUAUAUCGUUCCUUUUUAUUUGAUUGAUUUUCACAUGAUUCUUUUUAGUAUGUGUAUGUCCCAGUGGCAGAAAGGGUAAUUAUGAAGAUAAACGUUUUGAGGUCAUUGCACUUUUUUUUAAACUAUUAGGUUGUUAUUCCAACAUUCUAAUUUUGUUGUUAUAUGUCCACGUCGUUUGGAACUCGGUGAGUUAAGUAGCUGGCUCCCAGCUGGCAAAACUCGCCGUAUUUUUGUAAUUUUGCUGAAAUUUUGCAGCUCUUCUUUUAUUCAACUUCCUCUCGUUCCGAAGAUUUUUGCGCCCAAAAUUCCUAAAAACGACUGGGCUCGAAUUUACUUUCUAAAUGUUGAAAUGUUCUUUUACGUUAGUAGUUUUAAAGCCAUAAUAAUGUUUUACAAUUUUAGCAUUGCUCUAGUGGAUAAUACAACGUGUCACUUGCUUGCUUCAAAAUAUUACUAGUUUUUGAAAACCUAUCUCGAGGUUUUUCUCGUCGACGCAGUACUUUCAGAGAGGGGGUCAUUCAGCUUCAUUUGCCAAAUCACAAGACGGUUUCAACUUAUUUUUGACUUAUUAUGAUGAGCAAUUUUAAAAUUUUACACGAUCAAACUAAAAUGCUGGUGAAAAAAUUCUGGUAAAAAUUUAAGUGUAGGUAGCUUCACUAGUCUUUUCACCAAAUUUUCUUUCUGUCAUGGAAUCAAUAUUAUAUACCGAUUGAACAACCGUACCAACAUGUCUGUACAGUUGAAAGUGAGUGAAGUUGUCUUCUGAUUUUUUACUCUUAAACCAUCGCAUGAAAAAACUAAGAAGCCAAAGUAAGAAGAAUGACUCGGACUUUUUUUAGCGAUCAAUGAGUCUUGUGAACGAGAGGUUUUUGUUAUCAUUUUUCUAGAAGGAUACAAUACUUGAAGAAAUGCCUUAUACUGUUAUCUCAUUGUCAGUAAUAUUCCAAUUCUCAUCUUUCUAGAACAAACGAUGGGCGUCGAAGUAAAGCGCUCAGAAUUGGUCAUAACUUUGAUUGCAACUGGAUGUUGGGUCAAAAAUUAUUAACACUCUAUUUCUUUCAUUGAAUUGAUUUCACAUUAUUGGAGGCAAUAGUCAGGGUAGAGUUGACUCGUAAUUCAAUUUUUAUCAAAAAAUCUCGUUUUGGUCGUUUGCGAUUGCCCCAUUUUAUCAGUUUUUCGCCAUGUUUCUUCCACAGACUGAUCGAGACUCCCAGAAAUGUUGCUUUUCUCCUUUCUUCUAGUCACAAAUUAUUUUGGGGGGAAGGACCCAAAGAGAGCCACCCAAAAUAUUAUUUUGGUCUCCUCGGGCUGUUGGAAUGACAAUUAUUGUGGGCGAAUUCAUUCUGUGAUAUGUGAGUACAAGUCAUAUACUUCAAAUAUAUUUCAACCAUAAUUAUUUCAAGUUUCUCUUUGUGAUAAUGAAAGACCCCUUCUCUCAAUUCAACUUGAAAUAGAACAACCUAUCUUUAAUAUUACAGAUCCGUAUUUUUAGUCAUUUUUGCGUGAAAAGAGGUAAUUCUUUGUGUGAAAGCAAAAGGUCUGUUUGAGAUAUCGAUAAAAGUCUAUCGGAAAGAAUCCUAAUGAACCCGAGAUGUGUCAAUUUCAGAACCUGCAAUAAGCCAUUAUGGAAUUGUUUAGUCAUUUAUGUGUUUAUGUCACUUUAUGAGGGUAUGUUUUCAAAGGAACCUCCUUUUAAAAACGAAUGCUACUUCUACAAAUUUAGAGCAUUAUAUUUAAUGAGUAAAACGUAAAAAAAUUGAGAGAAAAUUGAUAUUAUUAUUUUUAAAGAUAGUUACACUAACCAAUUGUGAUCACUCACUGCUAGUAUAAUUGAAAAGGUUAAGCUAGAGGGAUAUAUAAGGAACUUUUUAUUUAAAUUUAAAAUGUAAAAUUCCAACAUCGCCAACAGGAAUUUAACUAACCGACAAACCUACAAUAAAAAGUAUCUAUCAAUGCGAACGUACUCUGAAGCGAGGUCCGAACAGACAUGAUAUAAAAAUGUCUGAAAUGUCAUGUUUAUUUAUUAAGUAUCUAUGUAGCUUACGAUGCAUUAAAGUAGGUAUUGUGAUAUUGAACUUGCGGAUGCAUUCAUUGUAAGUUACAAAACUCGUAUGAUCACAAGAAAUAUGAAAAGUAAAACUAUCAGGGAUGAGAGCCAAUGGGGUUUAAUUGCAUUGCAACGUCGGAAAGUUUCAUUUGACAAUAUCUUCAUUCACUCAAGAACGCUGAAAAAUUAUAUUUUGAAAUUUCAAGUGAGUCUUUCUGUGUGAUUAGAUGAAAAUUCCCUGAAAUUUUGAUUUAUGAAAUGCUCUUACAUCUGUUGAGGGAGGAAUGAAUGAGAAAAUAAGUUUAUUUUACUUUGGCGCGUUACAAUACGAUUAAGCUCUUCUGACUUUUACCUCUUCAACUUGUGGUUAGAUUUGUUUUCACGUCACAUGAAAAGCAAAGUGGAUGAAGGCUGAUAUGGCGCAAUAACUUCACUACAGCGGUUCAGCAUUUCAAGUGACGUGUAAUUCUAUUAUACAUAUAUUUUUACAAAAUGUUUGCCACUACUCAAAUUUAUGGGAUUUUCACUGAAUUUUUGAAUCUCUGACUAAAUAAAAUUACCACACAGUAACGGGAUGAAUUCUCGUUGGCAAGUAAAAAUUCGAUAAAACUUUUAAUAGUAUUCUUGGGAAAAAAAUCUACGGAUUCACUAUAAAAUUACGCCAAUUUUGGUUGUAAUGGUUUAUUUCAAGUACACGAUUAUUUAUUCUACGUUUAUAUAGUCGGUGUAUUUCAAUUAUAUAAUGUUCAUGAUGAACGUCAUCAAAUAUACCUUUUGAAAAUAAUCAGAUUUUUGUCGUUUGAGAAGCUAUGUUACAAUAUCUGAUCAUCGUUUACUUCUCAUCCCUUUUGGUAACGUUCGGUAUUUAUUAUUAUAGCUUGUAAGUUUUUUAGGAUUAUUAAAUUUUUAUCGAUACACAAUGAUUUGUGUCACACAUAUGAAACGAAAAGACUGUAAGAUUUUUUUCUUUCUUAUGAAUCUCCUAUACGUGCCAAAAUUUUGAUGUCAAAAUGCAAUAAAAAUUCAAAUUGAAAUUUCAAAAUCAGUGAGACGAGUUUUAGUUCAAUAUAUGUAUAUUUUCUGUCAAUUAUUUUUACCACUGCGAUACGUGUAUGAUUGAAUCAAUGUUAUUUAUUUACAAAAAAAUUAUUAUAUAAUUGGACAAUACUUUUAAUUGUUUAUACUUUUUAAAAACGUUUAUAGGCAGAACUUAACUCUGUGCAUAUUUGUACGUAGUUAUAUACAUUUGUUUUAGAAAAUACAUGUGUAUAUAUGUACAGUUUCAUAGAGAAAAUUACAGAUGUCAAUACAACGAA